CUGUGUUUUAGAAUGUUCUUUUUUUGAAUAUUCUUUUUAAUUUGUGCAGUGGCGCAUGACAGUCAUGUUUCGUAUACUGCUUCUGCUUUUCGCAGGUGUUUUGCUGUCCUCAGGGGAGCUGUUUGAAGGAGAUAUUAUGCUUACUCCAGAGCAAAGAGAGAUGGUUGGUACUGGAUCAACUGAAGCAUAUGCUGGAGCACUCAAAACCUCCUACUGGCCAAAUCCGUUGCCAUAUGAAAUUGACCAAUCCUUAGUUAAAGAAAGAAAGAUUUUAAAAUCUAUAAAUUCAGCAAUAGAAGAACUCGAAAAUAGAACAUGCCUACAGUUUAAAAGAAGAACAAAAGAAAAGGCGUAUUUAAAUUUCACGGCUGCUGGAAAGUGUUUCAGUCCAACAGGCUACGUCAGUGCAUAUCCCCUGCAACUGUCACUAUCUACCAAAUGCAGAACAAAGGGAUGGGUGUUGCAUUAUAUAAUGCUUACACUUGGUUUCAUGCACGAAAGCAAUAGACCAGAUCGUGAUGCUUUUGUUAAAGUAGUUUGGGACAACAUAGCUCUUGCCAAUCGCAAACAUUUUAAACGUCGUGACGCUUAUUCAAGCAAUGCACGUUAUUUCAACAUACCUUAUGAUUAUGACAGUAUUACACAUCCGUCAAGAUACUGGAUGGGAAAUUAUUCUGUUACUCUCAUCACAAAAGAUUACUACAAAAGAUACAGAAUUGGACAAAGAAAAAAUCUUAGCCAGUUAGACGCGUUGUCUGUCAAUUUGAUGUAUAAGUGUCCAGGUACAACGAAACCACCUAGUACAAUUCCGCCCGAUCCCACUGAUGCACCUCAACCAGAGCUAAAGCCAUACCUACAAACUAAACACAUAUGCGGUUUCUUGAAGGAUGAUAUCAAAUGUCCAUUUGGUUAUGUCAUGUGGAUUGAGGAUGCAAUGUACGGUCGUCAGAAUGAUCAAGUAUGUAGUUAUGGAAGAACUACAGAUACAAAUUGUUCGGCACCAGGGGUAUUUCAAAAGGUAUCUGACAAAUGUCACGAUAAGAUGGAAUGUCGGUUGUUCGCUUACAACAGAGAAUUCGGAGAACCUUGUAAAGGAACAUUCAAAUAUCUAGAAGUGAAAUACCGAUGUGUGAAAAAAGAUAUAAUGUGCGGUACAAGCGGAAAAACCAUAUCCUGUCCUGAAGGUCAAGUGUUAAAAAUUCUCAACGCUAUGUAUGGACGUCAAUCGAAAUAUACAUGUCCGACAAUUUAUGCUAAAAAUUUCAACUGCAAAGCAGUAAAGUCGUUCGAAAUCACUAAAGCAUUGUGCAAUGGAAAACAGAGUUGCAAAAUUCAAUCAGCCAGGAAUAUUUAUGGCGAUCCAUGCCUUGGAACAAUAAAAUAUUUGCAGGUCCAUCAUCAAUGUGUCUUACCAGAUGAAGUUUGAGGAGGUCGCAUGCUUAGCUGGUAUAAAUAAUACAAUGCAGAAGAGAAAGGUUUAUGAGAAGAUAUUUACAUGGGAGAAUAUAUGAUGUUAUACUUUGA